CGACUAUUCGGAAAUAGGUCUUGUUUUUUGUUGUAGAGAAGACAAAAAGUAACCGUGUGGUCGCCAGAAAGAUCUUCGAAACGUAAGCGCCGGCGUCGAACACGGGGCAUCAUGUCAGGCGAAUUGCUUAACUUCAUUCGUGAGGCACGGCACCGCCAGGCCCUGGACAACCCGGAAGUGAUGAUCCUGCGACCUCGCCGAAAGUACACAGCUGCGGAACAAGUCUCUGGACCGGGCAAUCAGUUUGUAGGCUCUUCGCCUGUUGUAUCUGAUAUCGAGGCUCCCUGGUCGCCGACAAGUCAAGUUAUCAAGCGAGAGCGCCGUGUGGUGUCUUGCCGUGUCUACAAGAAAGGACCGGAGUCAAUUUAGUUUCCGUCUGAUCAACACAGCUUCGAUUCACUAUUGCUAUUGAAGAAAGAACGACAACGAAUGUUGAUGUUGAAUAAAGUAGUGCCCUCACGGUCACGUUACAACCUUUACAUACCGUGUGCAGCUUUUGACUUGUUAUGCACUGACACGUGAUCAUGCAUGUUUUACUCGCAGUCGCACUGCAACCGCAGCUGCAUCAUACAAAUGAAUCAAUUGAAAGCGCCGCCAGACUUAUGAUUGGUGCUUUCAAUAUAUAAGUCGCGAUGAAAGGCUCACGAAGAGCAAAUAACGUGCGUGAGCAUCAUGGCACUGAAGCGAGGGAGAUGAGAACUCACUGAAAACUGAAAGGCAAAAUAAUAAACCGGGCCGGUUUGGCAACCUCUAGGAAACUAAAUUCAGCCGAAGUAGAUGCGGAAGCACCCGGAAUCAGGAACUCCCCGGAUCGCACCUUCACCGGCGAACGGUGUCCAUCGACAGCCUCGGGUCGGUCUUGGUGGAGCUCCAGAGCAAUACACCGCUCUCGGCGCCGGCGGGAAAGGCGAAACUAA